AUGUGGGGGUUCAGGCUCCUGCGGUCGCCGCCGCUGCUUCUUCUGCUGCCGCAGCUCGGAAUCGGAAUCGCCGCGUCCAGCUCUCACGCCGGAACCAUGAACCUGGGCAGCAGCAGCAGCGGCGGCGCGCCCUGCUCCCCCUCGGCCGAGCGGCGCCGGCAGCAGUGCGUGCAGCUGUCCACGGUGCCGGGAGCCGACCCUCAGCGCUGCAACGAGUUGCUCCUGCUGGCGGCGGCGACGGCCGGGGAGGGACCAGGACGGCGGGACCUCUCUGGGGACCCGGCGAAGGAGGAGGUGCAACCGCCGCCCCAGCAUCACGUUCUCUAUUUCCCCGGGGAUGUGCAGAAUUACCAUGAAAUUAUGACUCGUCAUCCUGAGAAUUAUCAGUGGGAAAACUGGAGUCUAGAAAAUGUUGCCACCAUCUUAGCCCACCGGUUCCCCAGUAGUUAUAUUUGGGUGAUAAAGUGUUCCCGAAUGCAUUUGCACAAAUUCAGCUGCUAUGACAAUUUUGUGAAAAGCAAUAUGUUUGGUGCUCCAGAACACAGUACUGACUUUGGAGCUUUUAAGCACCUUUACACAUUAUUAGUUAAUGCUUUUAACUUAAGUCAGAAGAGUUUGCUAUCGAAGAAUGUGAAAGAUCUGAAUAAGGACUCCAAAGCAUCUAACUGUCGAUCCACUUCUUCUCAUACUACCAAUGGUUGCCAGGGAGAAAAAGAGAGGACCUGUGAAAAAUUUGAUGAGUCUGCUAUGAGUUUUUAUCCACCAUCAUUAAAUGGUGCUUCUUUUACUUUGAUUGGAUUCAGUAAAGGUUGUGUUGUUUUGAAUCAGUUGCUUUUUGAGUUGAAAGAAGCCAAGAAAGACAAGAACAUCGAUGCUUUUAUCAAAAACAUAAAAACAAUGUACUGGUUGGAUGGUGGUCAUUCUGGAGGAAGCAACACUUGGAUUACUUAUCCAGAAGUCUUGAAAGAAUUUGCACAAACAGGGAUAAUUGUUCACACCCAUGUUACACCUUACCAAGUACAUGAUCCAAUGAGAUCUUGGAUUGGAAAGGAGCACAAGAAAUUUGUUCAGAUACUUGGAGAUUUUGGCAUGCAGGUGACUAGCCAAAUUCAUUUUGCAAACGAUGCUCCUUCCAUAGAGAAUCACUUCAGGGUUCAUGAAGUAUUUUAG